AUGCGGUCACUAAUAGCGAAUCUACUAACCGCACUAGUAGCUUUGACUUCAGUGGCACAUUCGGCGCGAGAAAAUGCACAGGAGUACGAAGCUCUUUGUGCAGCAUAUCAGGCAGCGACAGGCACCAUUGAACCGGCGGAUUUCAAUACCGCGCAGGCAGAUGCAGAAGUACCGACAGCUGUGAAGGCACUGUACGCGGCAACCAUACCAGACGAACACUACAAUAAUAAAACCUUUGGCAUCUUCACAACCGACACAGAAUUUACAGCAGUCAAAGAUACAGUAAAAACCGAAAAAAACAUUGACAAGUCUCCAGUUUACACCAGGCCUCCGGAAAGCCCAGGUAAGCGCGCUGCACUCACUGCUUUAGAAAGGCUGUACAACUCAACGAAAGCAACAGCUGGCCAAGCAGCCGAGAAACAAAAGGAGCUACAAAGCUUAAAAGAAAAGGCCGAAAAAUUCUUAAAAGCAGCGGUUUUCGGACAUGAAACGGCCACCGAAGCAAAAGAAGAAAAUUUCGACACCCGGGCCAACGCAUGCAACGGCGGCGGCAAUGCAAAGGCUGCCAGCCAAAAUCUAGCACAAGCGCUAGCAUGCGUUUGCGGCACAGCAAGCACCAACAACGGGAUCUGCGUCCAAGGGGAGGACCAAGCCAACUACGGCACAGGCAGCGGCGCUAGCGCUGGCGUCAGCGCCUAUAAAGCCAUAGUAGCAAAAUGUCAACCCGCCACCGAACCAAAAAAAGUCACGGCAGAACUGUUGACAGCGGCAGUCAGCCAAGUAGAAUCCGUGCUCGGCAACAAAGCCUUCACAGGCCACACCAACAACGGAAGGUACGUCCUAGGAAACGGCGCGGCAGCGAACUGCAAUGGCGGGGACAGUUCAGCCACUUGCAUUGAUUACACGACAACAGUGGGAACAGGAACAUUCCACAAAGUAAAAUGGGUCGAAAACAUGCUCCAAGCAACGAAGGAACUGAAAAAAGCAUAUACCAUAAGAGCGGAGCAAGCCAAAAUGCAGGCCCAGCUGGAAGCAGCAGAGGCUCAAGCGUGGCAGCUACGCGACACUCUGGCCAUAGCCACUAUAACCGCAGCACAUGCAGCAGAAACUAUCAAACCUUCCAAGCGCCAACGACAAGAAACAAUCGACUCCAAAGAAGCAGAGUGCAAUACCAAAGACAAAGACACAGAUUGCAAACCGCCAUGCGCGUGGAAUGCCGAAGCAAAAGAUGAGAAAAAAAGGUGCACAUUGAGCGAGAAAGGCAAAGAGGCAGCAGAAAAAGUAGCAGCAAACCAAGCAGGGACAGAUGGUAAAAAUGAAUCAAAAUGUGGCGAGGCGAAAACAGAAGACGAAUGCAAAAAGGUCCCGGGCAAGACACCAGAGGGAAAGAAAGCCGUUUGUGGAUGGAUUGAAGGCAAAUGUCAGGAUUCCUCAAUUCUAGCAAGCAAACAAUUCGCCCUCAGCGUGGUUUCUGCUGCAUUUGUGGCCUUGCUUUUUUAA